AUGUCCACGAACCGCCCAUUCCUGGCCAACUUUCUGGCGGCGUUUCGCGCCCAGUCGACCUACAAAGCAUCCAGCGCAGGCUCGCAGUCGACAACGGGCGCUUCAUCAUCUCUUUCGCCCACUCAGCUCUCUCAGAGUGCUCGAGCGAUAGCCACCAAGGCAGGUAGUUCGGGAGCUUCUUCUCCCGAGCCGUCGGCUACGGCGACACAUCAUUAUCACCAUCACCAUCACCACCACCACCAUCAUCACACCCCUUCAUCGUCUCGCUCCCGACCUCACUCGCAUCCUCGACCACCGUUAAACCAAGCCUCCGCCGCGGCGGAAUCCUCUGUCCCCUCGUCGUCAUCCACAACCUCUGCAGCACCCUCCUCCCCCCCGACGCCGGCCUCUUCCAAUCCCAUCCCCAUCGCCAGUGGCAACGACCGCCAACGUCGCGGCAGUGAUAGCUCCAGUGGAUCGGGGGGAUUUCGAGAUGCCUUGGGGCCAGAGAAGUGGUAUAUUGGUGGGAAAGCGCUGGGCGGCGAUGAGCGCUUCUAUCGACUAGGCAUGGUGACCAAGGGUGGCGGUCGUCUGGGUGGCAGUGGAAGAGUUGGGAGCAUCGACCAACUGAGCUUGUAA